CCCACAACUAGGAAGACUACAGAAGCAGGUUUUUGAACAGUGAAUUUAUUCACAAAAAAGGACUUAUCAAAAAAGGGUUUGAAACAGGAUGUCUGGCUCCUUGCUUAUUCAGGCUAAUGAUGUGUAGGCUGUAGAUGAUACCAAGCUCUUUGCUAAGGUUUAAAAUAUAAAGUGUUGUAGCCUACAUCCUUGUUCUGGCAGCUGCUUGAUCGUGGGGAUUUUCUAUUUACAACAGCUGUAAAAACAUGUUUUGAACGGAAAACAGCAAAAGCUGUAGCAGUCUGUGAGGCAUAUCUGCGCCGCUUCUUAUCUGUGAAAGUCUUUGCAUCUUAAAUUAACUGGAGCUUUUAGCCCGCUGCACGGCGUGUCUGUGCCCCAGCUGGCAGGAUGCAUCUCGGUCGGCGGAGGCAGCUCGGUCGGCAGGGCUGACCGUCGUAACUCGGCCUGCUGUUAAAUAUGGAAUAUUUUCACAGUGAGAAGUGCCAAAUCCAUUUUCACCGGCGGAAAAAAGCAGCCCUGUAGCAGCGCAAAUUAGAAAACCAGCUCAUAUCGCCGGUCCUUAUGGCUUCUGGCUCCGGAGACGAAGAGGGAACCACGGACGAGGCUGCAUGGAGACUCAUAGGCCCGACCUCGGUGCUUUCCAAGCAGCGCUGCCGGCUAAUGUACUCCUCCCUCGGCUACGGCUCAGAUGUCUGCCUCUUCUACGUGAGGGGGGAGUUCUUCGCAAUGGAUGCUCGCUGUUCCCAUUCCGGCGGACCUCUGUGUGAAGGGGACAUUGAGGAGGCUGAUGGUGUCCUGCAGGUCUUCUGCCCCUGGCACGAUUAUGACUUUAACCUCAGAACAGGGAAGUCUGGGACCUCCUUACAGCAACAAGUGUAUGAAGUCAAGCUUGAGGACGGGAACGUGUAUGUGAAACACGCCAGUCGUCUUUCCUUACAGCCUUUUCCUGCGGACAAGAAGAGCUGAAUAACCUCAGUGGAAUGAUUCAUCCUUCAGCCAAUUUUAAAACUACGGUAACAAACCAACUCCGGCUAUUUUUGAGACUUGUUCCACGAACCUAAGCCAUCUGAAACAUUUCAAAGCCUUAUCAGCUAUUUUCACAGACUGUUGCUCCUUUGAGUGCUGUGAACUUAGGACGAUAACAAGAGGAUUGUCCGGAGAAGACAUGACAUCAUGAAAUUGUUUCUGAGUUAUUCUCGCUGGCUUCCCAGAUAGAGACUUCAUCACACACAGUGAACAUGGAGAGAUAUAAGCUCACUGCUUAAAUUCAGAGCAAACAGAUUUGAAAAUAUGAAACAAAACACUAUUUAUUUUUUUACUUUCUGCUGAUAUUAUAGAACUAACCAAAACAUUUUAUUUAUUUGCUAAAGGAUCUUGAAGAAAAUUGCAUAGUUAUCUCUGGUGGAAAUUACAUAAAGUGACAAUCAAAGUACACAUAAGGUCACACUUUAUAUUCAAGCAGUCAUAUCUGCGCUUGUCAUUACAUCUUUUUUUAAAAGCUGCCCGUAGUUAACCUCAAUACCUUUCUUGAAUUUGUAUCAUUAUUCUCAGAAUUUAUUCCUUUCCAUUCUAAUUUCACUUGUAUGCAUCUGCAAACAAGUCAUGUUUUUGUGAGGCGUAUAAGAGGUAGAGGAGUCAUUACAAUAUAUGCAAUAACGCACUCCUUAUCUUUAACAUGCAUAAAGCAAAUGAGUAACAAUGAGCAGAUCAUGAGUAACAAAACUGAGCUAUUUUGACUCAACAUGUUUUUUUACUCAUCAUUUGUGGUCUGUUUGGAAACUUGAGGUAAAUACUUUCAACAUGUGGAUUGAAAUAUUCAGUUAGCCUUUUCAUUUAUAAAAAACAUCCCCUUAUUACAGUAAAAGAUUUAUUAUUGGAGAAGUGUGAUGAAGGCUUCGCUCAGCAGCUAAUAUCUAAUUAAACUAAAAUGAUGUCAUGUUCAUUAAUAACCCGUCCUGGUCUUCAAUAAAGCCUCAAACCAAACAACUCACAGCCAUCCUUGUUGAGUUAAAACCUUUGGAAACCUCUGGGGCAAUUAUUCCAGUGAUGUCACGCACCAGAAAAGCCCUUUCUGUAUUUCUAAAAUGUUUUUAAACCUUACAGUUCCAGCAAGUAGAACACACAUGAAGGGCACGGCAAUUACCACUGGUAGCAGUCCCGGCAUAAAGACGUCUCCAUCAGCGUUUCUCACCAUCCCUGGCCUGUGCUCAGACAGGUUUGUCUGUUACUGACGCAAUGGGACCCAAAAGACACGGUUAGUGAGGCGCCGGAGGAGGGUUCACGACCUGAAAUGCACCAUUGACUGAGGAAAAAUGUGUUUUUCCACUUUUGUGUGUGUGUGUGUGUGUGUGUGUGUGUGUGUGUGUGUGUGUGUGUGUG